AGCAGAUGUAUUUUAUUUAAAAACUCAUAAAAAAAAUCCAACAUGUUAAUCACGUAAAUAAAAAAUUAAAUUUGCUGGCCGGCGUUAAUUUCAACAAUAUGGAGUAUUUCAAAAGCGGUUUAAAAACCGUUCUCGGAGCUGCAGAGCCUGGUGACCAGCCAACUGGCGCUGAAACUGUGGAGAGAUUAGUUGAUAGAAUAAGUACUUCUACACUUUUAGAAGAUCGCAGAGAUGCUUGUCGAGCACUCAAAGCACUGUCAAAAAAGUAUAGAUUAGAAGUAGGAGCUCAGGGUAUGGGGCCUUUAGUACAGGUGCUAGAAUUGGACCGUGCAGAUGGUGAAAUAGUUGGUUAUGCUUUAGACACUUUAGUCAAUAUAACAUCAUCAAGAUUUCCAGAAGAAGAAGGAAAUCCAGCAGUUACCCUUAACAUGGGAGAACAGUUUACAGAAAUUUUCAUCAAAAAUCCUGAUAAUGUUUCCUUGGUUUUGAGUUACAUAGAAGAAUAUGAUUUCCGUAUCAGAUGGCCUGCUGUAAAAUUACUGACAUGUCUCUCAACUCAUCGGCCACGAGAACUCCAAGAUAUAAUUCUAGUUAGCCCAAUGGGCGUAUCUAAACUCAUGGAUGUGAUUGGAGAUAGUCGAGAAGUUAUAAGAAAUGAUAUGCUAAUGCUACUUAUACAUCUCACCACCGGAAAUAGUAACAUACAAAAAAUUGUGGCCUUUGAAAAUGCAUUUGAUAGACUGUUUGAUAUAAUUAGGAAUGAAGGUUGUGCUGAUGGCGGCAUAGUUGUAGAAGAUUGUCUUAUAGUUAUGUUGAAUUUACUUCGUAACAACACCAGCAAUCAACAAUUUUUCAAAGAAGGCAGUUACAUUCAGAAAUUGAGUCCAAUGCUUGUUAUAAAUUCAGAAACUGAUGCUGAUAUGUGGCCUCAACAAAAAACUCGAAAUAUUGAUCAUAUGCUGCAAAUAGUUUGUGCUUUAGUCAGUCCGAGUAACCAGACUCAAGUAUGCACAAGUUGCCAAAAUGCGAUGAAUAGUUGUGGGCUUCUCCAGAACCUUUGUUCAAUUCUGAUGGCCGCUGGGGUUCCUGUGAAUAUUUUAGCCAACACAAUAACAACUAUUGCGGAAGUCAUUAGAGGAAAUUUUACUAACCAAGAGUAUUUUGGACAUUUACAAGCUCCUUCAAAUCCACCAAGUUCAGCUAUUGUUAUAUUGUUGAUGUCAUUGGUAAAUGAUAAACAACCAUUCACUCUACGAACAGCAAUUUUGUAUUGUUUUCAAUGUUAUCUGUUUCGACAUGAAACAGGCCAGGCUGAGAUUGUGCAAACAUUAUUACCUAAAGAGCCUAUUGUAUCAGGAUGCACCAGUGGACAACUACUUUGUAAUGGUUUAUUGAGUGAGUCACCACUCUCGGUUUGGUUUUCUGCAGUUGCACUUAUGCACUGUACGUUGGAAAAUCCAGCUUUGAAAGAGCAAUUAUUACAAGUAUCAUUAGCACCUAAUUUAAAUAGCCCACAAAUCUCCCUAUUGAAUCAGUGUAUGGUAUUAAUUCAAAAGGGUUCCAAUUCUGUCGUACAAGGCAAAAUAGGUUUAUUAAUGCUGCUAUGUUCCUGGUUAAGUCACAGCACUAAAGCAGUCAAUGCUUUAAUAAGUCAUCCAUCUAGUGUAUCUUAUUUAAUAGCCCAAGUUAGUGCCAAUGAGCAACAUGAUGAUGAGAAUUUAAUGAAAGGAAUCUGUGCUCUUUUAAUAGGAAUAUGUAUAUUAUAUAAUGACGACACACAUGCUGAUUAUAGUAGAGAAAAUCUAUGUAAAUUAAUUGUGAAUAGAAUUGGAGUGGAGACGUUUGUUGCAAAGCUAUCAAAAUUCUCACGGCACGAGAUGUAUAGUUUAGCUGCAAAGCAACCUGCUAUAAAAGCUACUAAGUAUAGAGAGCUGUUACUUGAUUAUGAAUUUUGUGAACUAUUCAAAGCUCUAGAGGCACUUAUUGUCAAGACAAUAACAUCAUUUGGAGAUGGAAGCAAUAAUUUGAAUUUAUCUGAAAUGUCGUUAUCUGAACAAGAGUCUGCUUUAUUGUGCAAAUAUAAAAAUAUUAUUCGAGAGCAAGAUAUGCAGAUGAUGCAAUUGCGCAUGCAAGCUCAGCAGUUAUCCAAUCAAAACAAUGCAAUCCAGAGUCAGCUAGAGGAAGUAGUGAUAAGUAACAAUCAAUUAAAAGACCAAAAUACUUUAUUAAAAGCGCAAUUGGCUUCCGGCAACACAAACUGUAAUUCUCUAACUGAAAUCUCUACUCAAGAAGAGCAACAGGCUACAACAAUUAACGGAGAAAUUGUACAUAAAAAUGAAGAAGCUUUAUUGAAAGAAGAAAUAGAAAAAUUGAAGACACAAUUGCAAGAAGUAAAUUUGUUAUUGACUGAAAAAACUAAAAUGUACGAAGCUUUGACUAAAGAUCAAGAGGAUCUUCUGGAAUUGUUGACAGAUCAAGAUACGAAGAUCAAUGAGUACAAAAAUCAUAUGUUGACGUGCACAUUUGUUAAUUCUAAUAUUGAGAACUAA